CCAGUAGCUGACAUGACGCUUGCAAGGCGAUUUUAUUGAGACCUUGAAUACGCAGUGACAGAAUGAGCUUUACUGUACCGUGAAGCCUUUAUCUUCGCGAUGUUUUUUUUUACGAUCUGGCUUGUUUUCUUUUUCUUUCGGGGAAUGAUGUCAUUUAAAAGAGCAGUACUUCACAUCACUGCCAUCCAGGGAUCCUCCAACUGCGCGUAGGGGGUGGUGAAAAAGGUCAAACAUUUGCUUUGAAAGCAGAGGAAAUAUGGACCGAAGUGUCGCAGAUUGCGUUAUCAGCAAUGAAGCAGGCAAUGAAUGGAAGAGUAACUCUACUGAAGGCGAAUGUGAUCUGUUCAAGACCUGCCUGGUUUGCAAAUUGGAGUUUACAAAUCGCCAGCCCAGAUUGCUGCCCUGUCUCCAUUCGUUCUGUAGAGAUUGUGUGCCGACUCGAAACCGCAGCCUCUGCCCCAGCCCCACCACCGCAGCCUGCCAAGAGAGGAGCAGCGAAGAAGGCAUUAUCUGUUGCCCUGCUUGCAGGCAAACGUGUUUCACAAGUGAUGUAGUGGAGAACGUCUUCAUCAGAGACUAUCCCCAAGUAAUGCACAAGAUGGAAAAGCACUGCUCAAACUGCAAAGAAAAGAAACCAGCCCUCCAUUUCUGUUCAGACUGCAAUAAGUGGCUUUGCAGCACAUGCUCAGAAGAACAUAUGCUUGGGAAGGAGACAAAGCAUCAUAAAUUGUCAUUUCCUGAGGUUACUACAGGUGACAGAAGUGAGGUUGAUGAGUUUCCACUCUUUUGUCCGCUUCACAGUAAAGAGCCAAUGAAGCUGUUCUGUGAGACCUGCGAUGUGCUGGCCUGCUGGAAUUGCCAGCUAUCACAACACAAAGGUCAUAGUUUCAAAUAUCUGGAAGAUGCUUUACAAAAUCAGAAGAUGAUUUUGGAGGAAUUAUCACUGAAAAUGGAAGAGAAAAAAGUCAGCAUCCAAAACACAGCAAAACAAGUAGAAGAUAGGUUAAAUGAAGUAAAGCAAAUACGAAUGAAGGUUGAAAAUCAGAUUAAGAUGGCAAAGAUGAUCAUGAUGAAUGAAUUAAAUAAGCGAGUGAAUGUCCUCAUGGACCAGCUGGAGAAUAUUACAAAUGAACGAAAGCUCAAACUGGAGCACCAACUUCAAGCAAUGAUGGGCUUGUGCAAGCACUUAGAGCAUGUAUUGAACUUUGUCAAUUGGGCAGCCUCUAAGAAGAAUGAUAUCCCAUUCUUAUUCAGCAAAGAACUGAUCCUGUUUCAGGUGCGCCGUUUGCUGGAAACACAGUGCAAUGUAGAUGUGGGUCCCUCCAAGAUUCAGUUUCGUUGGGACUCUACCAUGUGGACUAAGCAGCUUUCUACUUUAGGCCAUUUGUCAUUUGAUUGUGAGAAUGCAACUCGCCAGGAAUGCCAGGCCUCCUUCCAUCAAGGAGCAUCACCAUUACCUUGUGAAAUUGCUAACCAUCGACCAAGUUUACAGUCUCCUCUUCUGUGCCAGAAGCCUGGCCAGCAAUAUUCAGUUUGUAACAGUCACUGUCCAGACAUGCAUCCACUUCACAAAGAACACGAGACAUUAAACUGUAUGCAGCAUCAUCGAAAUUUGGGCCAAAUUUCAGGACAUUUACAGCAUCAGCUCCCGAUGCAGUACAGUAGCAUACAACCGAGCCGAUCUCAACAGAAAUAUUUUUCACAUCCAUUGCCAGUACAGCCAAUACCAACUUUGCAUCAGUGGCGUGUAUCUCAGACUGGAGUGGAGCACAGCCCAGUUUUACUAGGACAUCUACAAGCAUCACAUCUGCAACAGAAUUUGCAUCCAACAUAUACGAUACAGCAACAAAGAAACAUAAAACCGAUGCAUUUGGUGGCCUUGCAGCAACCAAAGCAAUUUGUGCACCAGCUACAAUCACAGAAACAGCCCUGCCAAAUACAGUAUUCAAAACAGUCUAAACAAUCAGUGUUGCCACCCUAUCCUGUGAAGCAACAACUACAGCUCCAAAAUAUUCUGCUACCAUCUAUGGGAGAAGCACUGGGCAAAUCCCAUACGGAGGAAAGAAAACAACAAAGCACAGCCUCAAAACAAAUAUGUCAACCAGAUCGAAUGCCAAUGGGCCUCAAGGAUCUCUUAGACUACUCACAGCAACUUAACCAGAACGCACAGUGUGUCCAGGAUAUCAAAUUGGCACAGAAUUCUAUUACAAAGCAACAUCUAAAGAAACGGGACAUGCCAGUGGAACUACAGCAUCUUGAUCUUCAAAGAGCAGCAGUGAAUGAUCAGGACCAGCAGACUGGACUGGGCCAGCAAAGUAAUAAUAACCAGUUGCAUAAUUGCCUUGAUGCUGAAGAACAGCAAAUUGUAAAUUCUCACAGAACAAGCACAAUUACCCUCCAACCAGUAGAUUUAGUGGGAAUAAGCAACACAGUUGGAAAGCAAUCAACUACUUCAAGAUUGACACCCUCAAAGAAGUCUUCAACUACUGUGAAAAAACGGAGAAAGCGCUCUGCUUCAGGCCAAAUAAAAUGCAGGCAGCCAUUGGGUGAAGAUGCUUCACACCUUGCACCUUCACUAAUUGAACUGCAAUCCCAGUUAACUGUGCACAGAUCUGAUGGUGGCAAUCAGGAUCUUCUGGUAAAGAAUGUAAUCGUAAAUGGGGACCCAAAGAGUACUGAGAAGAAUAAGUCUGAAGAAAGUAAUACUAAAUUACCUAAGGAAUCCAUGAAAAUUAAAUCAGUGUCUUCAGAAGAUGUUAAUUUCAAAGAACCGAUUAAUCUUUCCAUGAAUGUUGGAUGCCCUGCAGUUAAUGGAUCUCGUGACUCAAAAAUGGAUUCACUGGAUGGAGCACCACAUGACAUGGGAAGCACCAGGACUCAGAUUGAUGGAGUGAAGGUCCCUUAUGUGCGGUUAGAGAGAUUACCAAUCUGUGCACCAUCUACUGGCCAACUCCCUGUCUUCAAACUGCAGUCGGAUGUUGAUGAAAGUGAAGGCAGCCUCAUACCUAUGGACAACCAAACCCCUCAUACUGCAACAAAGAACAUUACACUGGACAACACGCUCACUCCUCCGAACUCAAACCCCCCUCCCCCCCAGCAAAGUGAGCUGGAUGACACACUGGUUACUUCUGACUUGUCUCCUGAAGUUGUUGCAUCCUCCUGCCCUUUGGAUGACAAACCAUCUGAAAAAUCUGUUCAAGAGCUAUCACCUCAGACAACCCCAGUAGUAGCAAGUGCUAUGGACAACAAUGAAGAUUAUUGCGCAGUUUGCUUGAAUGGUGGAGAGUUGUUGUGCUGUGAUCGAUGUCCAAAAGUUUUCCAUCUUGGUUGCCAUGUGCCUUCUCUGCUCAGCUUCCCAACGGGUGAGUGGUUGUGUACAUUGUGUCGGAAUGUUGUGAUGCCAGAAGUGGAAUAUGAUUGUGAAAACACACGACAUAUCAGUGAAAACCGGGGGAUAAGAACAUUACAGGGUCUCUCCAUUGGUGACCAAAGGAAAUGUGAAAAGCUGGCACUACACCUUUACUGUCAUCCGCUAAGCCUGCCAUUCCAUGAGCCCGUCAGUCCAUUGGCACGUCACUACUACCAGAUUAUCAAAAGGCCAAUGGAUCUUUCUACUAUCAGGGCAAAACUUCAGAAAAAGAAUCCCCUUCAUUACUACACACCAGAAGAGUUCAUUUCUGACAUUCACCUCAUGCUUAUGAAUUGUGCAAAAUUUAAUUAUCCAGAUUCAGAGGUGGCCCAAGCUGGAAGAAGCUUAGAAGCAUGCUUUGAAGAAAACCUAAAAGAAAUUUAUCCUGACAAAAGCUUGGCAGGAACGAUCCAAGAAGAUUCUGACUCUGAAGAGAUUGAUAAUGAAAAUGGAAUGGUUACUAUCAAUGGAUUUACUUGGCCAACAGAAGAAAAGGAGCAUGUGAAGCCAAAGAGAAGACGCAGGCAUGGUGGAAGCCACAGCCAUAAGGAUAAUAGACUUUAAGUGGCAAUCCUGGCUGAAAGUAUAAAUAUUGUGAAGUGGUGAUUGAUCCUUUUUCUCUUUUUAUUCUCUUUCAAUAAACCCAUUGCUGGUUCUUUCCUUUUUUUAAAUAACUUGUUUGUUUUCUGUAAAAGUUUUAGACCUCUCAGGACUGUGGAUAUCAGCUUCCCUGAAGUAAAACUGUAAUUGGCAAUUACCAGUUCCUUUCACAGUUUGUUGUACACAGAUUACACUGGAUGAGAUUAGACAUAUAUGAGUUAUUGACCCAUCUUCUGGAUGAAAGACUUGUGCAACUUGGCUAAGUUUGCAUUACUGCACGAUGAGGAAACAGCUUUACUGGUGAUAUUCUCUGCAAGUUACUGGGCACUGCUCUUGUUGAUUUAACUAGUUAGCUUCUAAUAUAUUUGUGGAAUAGAAAUAGUGAAAUUAUGAUCCGCUCAAAUUUCUUCUUCUGGCGUAUUGAAAGCUAGUGCAAGAAAAAUUGCAUUCAAGGUUGAAUUUCCUUUGGCAUUCUCCGGAUGUCCGUUCUAACCUGGGUGGACAAUUUCAAGGUACCGUCUAUGAAAUAACACAAACAUUGACCCCUGAAGGAAUUUCAUACUCAGUAGAAUGUAGAUUCUAUUUUUUUAAUCAAAUGUUUAAAUUGUGAUAUUCCUGUAAGGGUAUAUUUUGCAUUUUAUGGUGGCCAGUUGUGAGUUCCCUAAGGAAUGUCAAUUUGUAUUUAUUUUUCAGUAUUGAUUGUUGCAAGGACAAGCCUCUUUGCCACUCUGAAUGUAGUGGUGAUAGGAAUCACACUUGGAUGAAGUUUAUUUUUCUGUUCACUGUUGAAGGGAAGUUUGUCCAAUGGUACACUUUUUUAAAAUUCAACUUGUUAAUUUGCAGAGAUUUUGAUUGUAAAGCUUUUAGAAACUUUGUUGAUUUACAAAUUCUCAAUGUUCACAGAAUUUCCAACAGCAGAAUGCUGCCAACAGUGUGUUGUAUAACUCUGUUUUUAAAGUUUUUAUGUAUUGAUUUGGAAACCAAAACAAUGGCAAGGGCAUGAGAAGACCUGAGGAGGAAUUAUGUUUGUAGUUGGUUUGGCUACGGCCAUGAUUAAUGAUCUCUCAUCUAAGUUUGUAUUGGGAGCUAUUUUACUUUAUAAGAGAAAGAACUGAAGUUAUGCUGACAGCUUAUGAUGAGCGACCUUCCAAAGUGAGAUGAACAGUACCAGCAUAAAGGCCUGAGGCCAGUUCUUCAAAAUGAAGGCUACUUUAUAGUCGUAGAUUGAUGACUGGGAGAACAAAAUAACCAUAGAGCUCAAUACAAAAGUGCCGUUAUCUGAAUGUGAGACUUUCUGUUAGAAAUCUGGUAAAGUAAUGGGAGAAAAAAUUUGUUGAAAUAAAUGCAAGGGCAGUACUUAUUCUACAGAUAUAGAAUAGAAAUGUCUUCCUCAGCAUUGUUGUUCAUGCUGAUUGAUGCUUGUAUUUCAAUGAAAAUUAUACAUUCAGCCAUUGUACAUGACAUAAGUUGUGAGCAGGUUAUAAUUAAAUUGUAACAGUACUGUGUUCAAUCCGUUCUUGUUACUACUGUAAUAAAGCUGGUUAAGAUAGCUAAAUAAAA